AUGGCCGCACCGAGCCCGGGGCCCCGAGAGGUACUGGCCCCCUCCCCAGUGGCUGGACGCAAAGCAACCACCUCAAGUUCCGGACGCCGUGGCCUUCUCUGGCGUCUGCGGGACAAGCAGCUGCGCCUAGGCCUGUUUGAGAUAAGCCCUGGACAUGAGCUGCACCGGCUGGCGUGUAUGAUGCAGGCAGGGCUGUGGGCUGCCACCCAGGUCUCUAUGGACCACCCGCCCAGGGGGCUGCCUACUGAGGAGGAUUUCUCUGAGGUCCUGACCCAGGUUCACGAGGGCUUCGAGCUGGGCACCCUGGCCGGCCCCGCCUUCGCCUGGCUGCGCCACUCUCUGGGCCUGGCCGAGGAGGACUACCAGGCCGCCCUGGGGCCCGAUGGCCCCUACCUGCAGUUCCUCAGCACCUCCAAGAGCAAGGCCAGCUUCUUCCUGUCGUGAGCUGGCAGCAGGGGUGGGGAAGGGGCCGGCGUGGUGUCCCUGGGCGGAGGGUGGCAUUUGGGGAGAGGAUAAAGGCCAGAGUCUGGGGCCCCUCACCCGGCGCCCUCCCCCCUUCCAGGAGUGCACAGUCUGCGGGUGGCCCGGGGCAAGAAGAAGUUCUUCAUCGUCAUGCAGAGCGUCUUCUAUCCCGCCGGCCGCAUCUCCCAGAGAUAUGACAUCAAGGGCUGUGAGGUGAGCCGAUGGGUGGAGCCGGCCCCUGAGGGCAGCCCCCUUGUCUUGGUGCUGAAGGACCUCAACUUUCAGGGCAAGACCAUCGACCUGGGGCCCCAGCGGAGCUGGCUCCUCAGGCAGAUGGAACUGGACACCGCCUUCCUCCGGGAACUCAACGUGCUGGACUACAGCCUCCUGAUGGCCUUCCAGCAUCUCCAGGGGGAUGAGAGGGGCCCAGGCAGCAGCCUCGUCUUCCACACAGCCAGGUCUGUGCAAGGGGCACAGAAUUCGGAGGAGCCGGGAGCGCAGAACCUCCGCCUGCUGCCCGACGGCCCCAACGCCCUUCACAUCUUGGACGGGCCGGAGCAACGCUAUUUCCUGGGCCUCGUGGACCUCGCCACCGUCUACGGGCUCCGCAAGCGACUGGAGCACCUGUGGAAGACGCUGCGCUACCCGAACCGGACCUUCUCCACCGUCAGCCCGGCUCUCUACGCCCGUCGCCUCUGCCAGUGGGUGGAGGCGCACACCGAGUGACCCGCGCCGGGCCGCGCUCUCCCCAUCUGGACAAUGGGCUCAAGCCCGGAGCGCGCGCGGUCCAGCCUGGUUUGGUCCGCGGGUCGGGCUCCCCUCGCCUGCUGUUCCUCCAGGCGGCCUCCAGAGGGCAGCAUUCCCUAACUAAUAGGACACACCCCUGUUUGAUGGCCAUGCUGUGCCAGGCUGGCAUUGUGCCAGGGACUACCCACAUUAGCUCAUUAUAUCCUCAAAAAUGCUAUUAUUUUCUUUUUGCAGACCAUGAAAUGGAGGCUGAUGGGUUGAAGGGACUGAGCAAGAUCACUCAGCAAUAAAUGCUGGAACCAGGACUCGACUAUGCCUUUCGGACUCACAAGCCCUAUAUUCUUACUCACCAGCUCCUGUAGCCCUGUCCUCAUGUUUUGGGAAAGGGGGGAGGCUGAAGGCUCUAUCCCAGGCCCUUUGUCAUCCAGAUGGGGAAACGGAGGCCCAGAGACUUUAAGGGGCUUACGCACCGGAGACUCCAGCCCGGCCUCUGACAUCAGUCCAAUCCGACCGUGCCCAAGCUGGCCUUUCUUCUAGUGCUGCUCUGGGGCCUGGCUGUGCGACCAGGGCAAAGUGCUAACCCUCUCUGUGCCUCGCUGGCCUAAUCUGUAAGAUGGAAGGGUGGAAAUGGACCUCAUUAACUCAUUAAAUAUUUA